UGUAAAAAACCAGGAAGAGCUGAUCUGUGAAAAUAAUUGACUGAUUUGUGAUGAAAAUUAGGACAAUGAGAAGAUGCCUGAAAGAUUUGUCAAUUAUAAUCUGCUAGUUGUGGUAGAGUGAAGCUCUGACUUCUUCCUAGAGCUGUGUGUGAAGCUGAACACAUGGGAAUUGCUCAGGCCAAAAGCAAUGUACUGAAGAAUUUAAUACUGUAGAGUCUCUGAAUUUGUUAUAAACCCUUUUUUUUUUUUUUUCCCCCUCUGGUCUAAACUGAGAUUUCAUUGGCAGUUUCACUAACCUUCAGCAAUUACUGUGAGGGGUGGUUUUCCAAGAGUCAAAAGAGAAAGCAGUUACUUCCUGUGUUUGUCCUUGAACACCAGGGUUUUAUUCUUCCCAGACUUACUCAGCAGCUGCCUUUAGUCUCGGCUGCAGCGGUCAAAAGCCAAUCUAAAAGAUCUUUUGCAGGAUUUGGAGUGGCCGAGAUGCCGAUCCAUGCUGAUGAUGUGAUGAAGCUGCUCAGCCACGUCGCCCAGGUGAAGGGCAUGAAAGCUGCAGUGGCACAUUCUGGCCGGGGAGCACUGCUGACAGGUGCAUCAGCCUUUGUGGGGGGAAUGCUGGGAGGCCCACCUGGAAUCGCUGUAGGAGGAGCAGUGGGUGGAUUGAUUGGAUGGAUAACUUCUGGACAGUUCAAGUCAGUCCCUCAGAUUUUAAUGGAAUUGCCUGCUGCUGAGAAGCAGAAACUCUGUGCUGAAACCAUGGGUGUUGUCAAGAACCUGAACUGGACUGAUGCUGCUCAGCUGAUUGCUCUUGUAAUGUCAAAUUCCACUCUCACAGAAAAGGUGUUAGGAGUGCUGACCACUUACCUUACCAAUGAGCUAAAAGCACAAAUAAAAUAUGGAGAAUAA